AUGAAUAGCUGUACGGGAAAGUUAACCACCGCGCCACGGAGGUGGCGUGUCGGUUUGAACGUUCUACUGGUGGCAAUGGCGGUCGCCCUAGCGACGGCACCGUUGCCCGUGUACGGUGCGGACAGUGCGGACGGUAGUGAUUAUUGUGAUCAGUCGCUGUGCAAACCGAACCAUGCACAUAUCGGGUGCAACGCCACGGCCCAAUUUGGUGAACUUUGUCCCAGCCAGACGGUGGAGCUAGUGGCCAUGGAACAGCCGCUGAAAGAGUUGAUCCUGAAGCUGCACAAUGGGCUGCGUAGUGAGCUGGCCAGCGGCAAAAUGGAAGGAUUCGCUGAAGCGGAAAGGAUGGCUGUGCUGGUGUGGGAUGACGAACUGGCCAAGCUAGCCGAGUACAACGCACGUACGUGCCAGUAUCUGCACGACGAAUGUCGCAACACGGAACAGUAUCGGAACGCGGGUCAGAACAUUGGCCGGAAGUCGCGCACAGGCAAUGUUACCAUCGACCUAGAGCGAGCCAUCACCGAUCUCACCAACAAGUGGUGGCAGGAGUAUGUCGAAACCAAUCAGACCGUCAUGGAUGACUAUCGGGCCGUUGGCGAAGGCGUGGAUGUGGAACAUUUCGCACAGAUGGCUAGUGACCGCAUCACGAAGGUCGGAUGCGGUGCUACGCGCUACUACAACGACGCAAGAAAACGGUCCUACGUGUACUACGUCUGCAACUACUCGAACAGCAACGAGCACGGUCAGCCUGUCUACAGGAAGGGAACCCAGUGUGGCAAGUGUGUAGCGACCGAAUCGUCCGCGAAAUGCAGCACAAGCUACCCGGGGCUAUGUGAGGGAAUUGGUGACGCAAUUGAUAAGGAGCUUUAUCCUGCGACCACUACAUCCUAACGCGCAUGCAGG